AUGACUAGCCUCUCAAGGCAAAUGCGGCGGCCUGGCAUCCAAAGGGCUGUCUUCUCCUUCUCCCAACAGGCGCCUUCUGAGCUUGUGCGGGCAAAGCUGUCGACCAGCGAGAUUGCGCAUCGAGCCCUCACAUACAUUUCCGAAGAACACCUGCAGAACAUCCCGGAGGACGACAACACCUACUCUCUAUUCCAGGGCUUCCAAGCUUCCAUUCCUGAAAGCGAGAGCGAGCACCGCAAAGGACACCGUCGGCGGAGUUCGAAGCAGCACAGACUGCUGGGUGCUGGAGAUGUCGAAGAAGAUGGUCCGCCCACCAUAGCGAACCUCAAGAAGAAGAGAAACACGGUCAACCAUCGGCUGGAGAUGAUGGCUAUCCGCAAGAACAUGUGUACCACCGAGAUCACAGACAUUGACAGGAAGCUGGCCAAUCUUCAGCACAUGCGGAGGGUCGCGGUCGACCGGUUGACCUCACUCGAGCAGGAUGAAGCGGAGGUGGAGCAUGAGCUAGCAGAGCUGGACAACAAGAUCGAGGAAAUGCAAGUAGAGCUGGAAGAGCAGGGAGAGAUGAAUCAGUCCACCAGCACAAUUAACCCGCCUCGUGUCGCCACGCCCGAGUCCGAAGCAAUGGACGCAUCGUUCAUGUCCCAGUCCAUCUACGACAAGCUGCCCAACUCUGCAUCUCCAAAGUCAAAACGGCGGCCCAAACCUACGAAGAGAAAAUCCAUGCCGGUGCUCCAUGAACACCUUGAAUCUGGCUCUCAUAUCAAAACCCUUCCUGCCCACAACGACGCAAUCACCGCCAUUGAUUUUGACCAACCUUUUGGUACUAUGGUUACCGCCGCAUUGGACGAUACGGUCCGCGUGUGGGAUCUGAAUCUGGGCCGUUGUAUGGGGUUCUUGGAAGGCCAUACUGCGUCUGUCCGGUGUCUCCAGGUCGAGGAUUACAUCGUGGCAACUGGAGGUCUUGACGCUACGAUCCGGCUGUGGGAUCUGAGUCGUGCCAAGUAUGAGCCAUACGAACAUAGAGUAUUCGAAAACGGUGACGACAAGGCGGACGAUGAGGACGACGGCCUGGGUUUCGGCAACGAGGGUGAAGACGCUCCUCCGCCGCCUCCACCUGACGCCAUGGAAGACUGUCCACUGUUCGUGCUCGAGGCGCAUGUCGACGCAAUCACGGCAUUACACCUCCGUGGCAAAACUCUGGUGUCUGGAUCCGCGGACAAGACCCUCCGGCAAUGGGAUCUGGAGAAAGGGCGCUGUGUGCAGACGCUCGACGUACUCUGGGCAGCAGCCCAGGCCAGCUCUACAAUGAACGAUUCAGACUCCCAAUGGCGGCCGACAGGGCGCUCGGCAGAUACCAACGCGGAUUUUGUCGGAGCUAUCCAAUGCUUCGACGCAGCCUUGGCUUGUGGCACCGCUGAUGGCAUGGUACGAUUGUGGGAUCUCAGAAGUGGACAAGUCCACAGGAGUCUGGUCGGGCAUACAGGGCCCGUGACCUGUCUGCAAUUCGAUGACACCCAUCUGGUCACGGGCAGCGUUGACAGGAGCGUAAGAAUUUGGGAUCUUCGUAUGGGGACUAUAUUCGACGCUUAUGCUUACGAUGCGCCGAUAACGAGCAUGAUGUUCGACUCUCGCCAUAUUGUCUGUGCCGCGGGUGAGGACGUGGUCAAAGUCUACGACAAGGCCGACGGCCGACAUUGGGACUGCGGCGCGGGUGUCAACACGAGCGUGGAAGAUCGCAUGGCUGGCACGAAGACCAGUAUCGUCGACCGAGUCAGGCUGAAGGAUGGAUAUCUGAUCGAGGGAAGGAAGAACGGCGAGGUCGGGGUAUGGAAGUGUUAA